AUGGAGUAUGGUAUGUGGUCUUGCUCUAAAAGUGCUGCUGAUGAAGAGUUGCUUGCAAAUUUACAGUCAUUACAGAAUCAGCUGAGGAGAACUGAAAAAAACCUACAAACUGUAGAGGAAGAGCUUUUCAGCACUCGUACAAGUGAGCGUUAUGGUCACUGCUUCGAUGAGGCUAUAGACUUCACUCUGGAGGACCUUGUUCAGCCUAAUUGCAACUAUCAAGGCUUUUCGAACUGUAAGAAGAAUGCUGUUAAAACAUCUUUCCAGGAUUUUAAAAAAAAAUCAAAAUCUUACUCAGUAUCCCCAACUUCUGAUAAAACUGUGGAAGAAAACAAACGUCUUGAGGAGAAGCUGGAUGCCCUUCAAGAGCAAAAUGCAUCUUUGGCUUCUCAGAACCAUUACCUAAAGAGCAGAGUGGAAACAAUGAACUUUGAGUUGAUGCAGUCAAAAACAAGAGUUUCUUAUCUUGAAUCAACUUUAGGUAUGCAUUUAGUCAGCAUUCCGAAGUUAAAAGAACAAAUUGUAAACUUGGAAGCAGAAGUUUCAGCUCAAGAUAAAAUUCUGAGAGAUGCAGAAGAUAAACUAGAUCAAAACCAGAAAACAGGAAUGGAAAGAGAAAACAUGUUGCAAAGAUAUAAAAAGGACUAUAAAAAUCUGAAAAUCGAAUUAAUUGAACAAAGCAAGCAAGGAAAGAGAGCAGAACAGCAAAGAAAUGAAGCUUUAUUGAAUGCAGAGGAACUGACAAGAGCUUUCAAAAAGUAUAAAGAGAAAAUAACUGAAAAAUUAGAAAAGGUUAAAGCUGAAGAAGUAGUCUUGAGAAAACAUUUAAUUAAUUGUGAAAAAGAAAAAGAGAAGUUGAAUGAAAAGUGUGUCAGCUACAGAAAGGAUCUAGACAUCCUAGAACAGCAACUAAGGCAAUUAAAGGAAGAAAAUCAUAGCACAAAAGAAGAAAUUAAGACUCUAGAGGCAAAGAACACUGAAAUGGUAUCAAUGCUGACUCGGUCUGAUCAGAAGAUAAUUGAGCUUGAGAGUGAACUUAGUGAAAAAGAAAUACUACUUAAAGAGAAAAAUGCUCUAAAAAGUGAAAAUGCAGAGCUGAGAGCACUUACUGCACAGCAGCAUAGCCGCUUGAAAUUAUGCCAUCAAGAAAUUGAAGAUUCAAGGGAAGAGCUCAACAUACUAGAAACCAUUAUUUCCCAGUUGUCUCUAAGUACGCCUGAAGAGUCUAAAUGGCACCACUUGAAACACCAGCUAUCCAGUUCCUCAACAAAAGAAGCGCGCUCUGAUUCUUGUUGUGAAUCGAAUAAACCUUUGAUUGCAAACCUAAGCGUUAAACUGGCAAUGAAAGAAGCAGAAACUCAAAAGCCUCAUGCAAACUUAACUAUCUGUAGUGGAGCUGAGCGUUCUUUUAACAAUAAUGAAGGACAAGAAUAUAGCAGGUUGUGUGGCCUGGAAACAGAGCCUGUCAAAUUGAUCAGAAGGCAAGGAGAGAGGAGAAAAUGCCAACAGUUGCAACAUAUCAGCAAACAAUUUGAAAAGGAGAGGCAAAGAUUCCAGAAAGAGAUAGAAGAAUUACGCACUAAACUGACAAAAGCAGAUGAUGAGAAUUCUUCUUUGAAGACCAGCAUGGCUCAGAGAGCCAGUCAGUUUCAAAUCAUACAAGAAGACCUGUUGAAGAAGGCUUCAAAAACUAGUAGUUUAGAGAGAGAAAUAACAAAGAAAUCUUCUCAACUUUCUGCAUUUGAGAAACAGUUGGAAGAAAAGACUAUUGCUUAUUCCGCUGCUGUAGCAAGAAAUACUGAGUUGGAACAGGAACUCAUGGGAAAAAACAGACGCAUUUAUGAGUUAGAAACAACUAUCAGCAAAGAACAUGAGCAAAUAACUUCUGCUUUUGAAAAAGCAAAGUUGGUUCAGCUUGAGCAACACAAAGAGAUGGAGAAACAGAUUGAACUACUUCAGACACAGCUGGAGAAGAAACUUCAACAAUUGACUGAACAAGAGAAAAUCAUAUCUAUUUUGGAACAAGAUAUUAGACAUAAACAGCAUCACAUUGAAUCAUUGGAUGGGCUGCUGAUAGAAAGCAGAGAGGAAGUGGAAAAUCAAAAUGUCAAGAAAGAUCAAGGAUUGAAGAUGCUGAAAAGUCAGUUAACAGAAGAAACAAUCAAAGUGAGACAACUUGAGUCAGCACUAGAUGUAUGUAAGGAAGAAGUUACACUGUAUUUGAGUCAGUCACAAGAAAACAAGGAGAUAUUUGAAAAUCAGCUAAAAAAAAGAUCUGAAGAGGUUUGUUAUUUACAGAAAGAAAUAAAGCUAAAAGAUCAGAAUAUUCAGGACAUAAGUGAACAAAAUAUUCUCCUACAACAAACUUUGCAUCAUCAGCAGCAAAUGUUAGAGCAAGAAACAAUUAGAAAUGAGGAGCUGGAAGAUAAUCAAAUUAAACUUGAAAAACAGGUAUCAAAUUUGGAACAAGAGCUUCAGAAGCAGAAAGCAUAUGCAGAAGACGAGUUGAGAAAGGCAGAGGAGAAACUUUGCCUAGCUGCUCAGGAAGCAGAUUUAAACAGACAGAAGGUGGAUGAACUUAAUAGUACAAUCAGGCAAAUUAAAUUGGAGAUGGAUCAGUGCAAGAAUGAACUUACUGGUAUGGAAAAAGAAGUAGUGCAAUUAAAACAAGAUAGUGAAAACAAAGCAAUGCAGAUAAAGCAGUUGGAUAUUACUUUGGAAGAAGCACGAUCAGAGCUCAAUGAAAAGGCAAGCGAAG